AUCAAGCACACUUUACUAGACUUCGCUCGCUUGGUGCUGAUAGCGACUCACGUGAACAGUGGGGUGAUGGAUCAGCAGGACGGAACACCAAGAGGGCCUGCACUGUUUAAUGAGGUCUGUGGAGCACCACAAGGCAGUGACGACGCACAUUCUCAGGCCGCAACCAACGACUUUGCGGAGUGGACUCCCACAGAUCUGUGGUUCGGUGGUUACACCUCCAUGUUCCAGAGUCCCUCAGGAGGACAAGAUGCUCGAGCAUCGAAGCAGUCUGAGAGCCAAUCAAGCCAAGCAUCUGCAGCAGAAGGUGAAAGCGAUGAAAAAGGGUCCAAGGGCAAGAAAUUGGGGUUCCUGGGCCGUGCAAGCGAGAAGUUGAAGCGCUGGAAGAACAGGACACCAGCUCAGCAAGAAGCGAACAAAGCAGCUCAGAAGCGUUACAGAGAAAGGAAGAAAGGACAGGUGUCAGAACUGCAGACGCAAGCAGAUGCAUUGGCUGCUCAGGUGAAAGCGCUGGAGCUUGUCAAUGCAGACAAUGUCUUCCUUGAGAAGUCCAACCAAUCCUUGGAACAGCAGCUUUCAAGCACUGCUUCGCCUCAAUCAAGGAGCAGCGCCCAGAAAACAACCUCUAGCGAAUGGGGCAGCCCUGAAUGGCUAAGCUUCAAUGACAACUUCCUCAGUGUGGUAGAAGGAUUGGGAGCAUACCUGCGUGAGAAGGGGGUACAGCCGGAUGUGAUUGACAGAAACACCCCUCCCGAAGUGCUGGAGGAGAUCAAGGAGAGGAUGCUCCAAGCCAUGCAGACAUGCAUGCAGGGUCUCAACCUUGGCGGUCUCAAAUUGCAGCGCCUGAUCGACGCUGUGACCACCAGGAAGAAUCUGACAUCACAUGCUGGCACAGACGGCCGCAAAGAGUGCUACACAGCUGCUAGAGUGCUGAACCUAACAGAGGAGCAAGUGCGCCGGGGCCUGCAGUACAGAACCCACGUCCUGGGAGUCCUGGAUAAGAUCUACAUGGAGAGAGACGAACUCAAUCGGCGAGUUGCACAGCUGCUGGCUUCUGCUGAUAAGGGUGCACAGCAGCAGCUGCCAAUAGCUCUGGCUAAGCUCAAGGCGAAUCUGUCUGCAGAAAUGCGUGCAUGGUCUGAGCAGCAUUUCCUGCUGUUCCGCAUGUUGCUGUCUCCAACUCAGGGCGCCUGGCUGCUGGUGGAGUCUUUCCCCUCGCAUUGCGACUGUUUGGCCUUUUUCAAUGGUCUUCAGGAUAUCUUCCCUCCAGAGCAGAAAGCCUAGGAAUGCUGGAUGAUGGAGAAACUUGACAGGUGUCAUGUCUAUGAUUUACUGUAGCUGCUAAUGCUUCUCUGAAUCAGAUGAAAUCAGGACCAAGUGCAAAUUGCACACCUGUCGACAGAGAUGUGGCGUGAAAGGUUCAAGGCACCUGCUCUGCCCAGAACUGAAUGGGGCAUGCAUACAUCGUGAUGAAAAGAGUGCACUUGAUAUCAAUUUGCAAAUUGAAGUAUUUAAAAUGCGAACUAAUUGCCGGAUGCAAUAGCUCCAAUCUGGUGCUUUGUCUGCCAUCCAUGGAGAUGCAUCUCCAGGUAUCAUCUGUCCAGACUGCAGAUCCAUGCAUUUGCUCGGCAGGCUUCACCAUUUCUGCCUCAGGGAUUCCGGUCAUGUGUGCCUCAGUGAGAUUAUAAGUGUAAUUAGGAAAUGCGCGUGU